CGCAGCUGCACCAACUCCUCCCUCCUCGCCUGAUCUGCAUGGAGCUGCUCCUCUCGCUGACUUCUCACAGUCCCACGGCCCGACAGGACUCAGCAGUCAUGGCCGGCCAAGGCUCCCCUAAUGCCGGCUACAGCUCCAAGAACGCGGUCCCGGUGCCGGUCGUCACUCAAACGGAGUCCAGGGACAAAUGGAGCAAAAAAAUGGAUUUUCUCUUGUCUGUUAUCGGUUUCGCGGUGGACCUGGGAAAUGUUUGGAGAUUUCCGUACGUAUGUUAUCAAAACGGGGGCGGUGCUUUCCUUAUUCCCUACAUUUUGAUGGCCAUCUUUGGUGGCGUGCCGCUCUUUUACAUGGAGUUGGCUUUGGGACAGUUCCACAGAACCGGAGCCAUAUCCAUAUGGAAACACAUUUGUCCCAUUUUCAAAGGUAUAGGAUAUAGCAUUUGUAUCAUCGCCCUGUAUGUGUCCUUCUACUACAACACCAUCAUCGCCUGGGCCCUUUUCUAUUUCUACUCCUCCUUCUCCACCAUCCUGCCUUGGACUAACUGUGACAAUGUGUGGAACACCCCCGACUGCACCAACUAUUUUGGCGUUGACAACGUCACCUGGACGAAUUCCUCCAGGUCUCCGGCUGAGGAAUUUUACACGAGGAAUGUCCUUGAAAUCCACAAGUCAUCAGGGCUGAAAGACGUCGGGGGUGUUCGCUGGCAGUUGAUGCUCUGCCUUUUUCUCAUCUUCACCAUCGUAUACUUCAGCCUUUGGAAGGGCGUAAAGACCUCGGGGAAGGUAGUGUGGGUGACAGCCACCUUCCCCUACAUUGUGCUUUUCAUCCUGCUCAUCCGAGGCGCCACUCUGCCAGGCGCCUGGAGAGGAGUCGUGUUUUACCUGAAGCCCCAGUGGGGGAAGCUGCUGGAGACCAGUGUGUGGGUGGACGCUGCUGCUCAGAUUUUCUUCUCCCUGGGGCCGGGGUUCGGGGUGCUCCUGGCUCUCUCUAGCUACAACCCUUUCACAAAUAACUGCUAUCGCGACGCCAUUGUGACCAGUUUGGUGAACUGUCUGACCAGCUUCGUGUCAGGGUUUGUGAUCUUCACGGUGUUGGGCUACAUGGCAGAGAUCAGGAAAGUGGAAGUUGAGGAUGUAGCAAAAGACAAAGGACCAAGUUUACUUUUUAUCACUUACCCAGAAGCCAUUGCAAACAUGAUGGGGUCCACCUUUUUUGCAAUCAUCUUUUUUGUGAUGAUGAUCAUGCUGGGACUGGACAGCACGUUUGGUGGGCUGGAGGCCAUCAUCACCGCUGUGUUGGAUGAAUACCCGGAGCAGUUGGGCCAUAGACGUGAACUUUUUGUUCUGGGCUUGGUAGUUGUCUGCUUUCUGGGCUCUCUGAGUACCCUAACAAAUGGUGGUGCCUAUGUGGUAAAGCUGCUGGAGGAAUUUGGAGUAGGCAGUUCCAUUAUAGCUGUGGGUUUCCUUGAGGCCAUUGCAGUUUCCUGGUUCUAUGGUAUCAAAAGAUUUAGCAAUGAUAUUCAAUCCAUGUUGGGCAAAUCUCCAGGAUUAUACUGGCAGGUGUGCUGGGUUGCCAUCAGCCCAGCAUUUUUAGCGUAUAUCAUAGUAAGCUCUCUGCUGAAAGGGCCGCCCCUUACGCUGUUUGACUACAAGUACCCUGACUGGAGCAUCACGGUGGGAUACAUCAUCGGCUUAUCAUCCUUCAUUUGGAUCCCCGUUUACAUGGUCUACAAGCUGGUGUGGACCCCUGGAUCUCUUAAACAGCGCUUGGCAGUGUGUCUCCGACCCGAAAGGACCAUACCAGAGCUGCACACCGAGAGCCUCAACAUGGCUACUGUGCCGUAGACACAAAAACACAUAAAAAAUACCCUCGCUUGUAGCUUCUACUUAAAACAAUUCUAUUCAAGUAUUUGUGACCGAACCUGAGCAUGAUGUGGCAUUGUGACUAUUACCUGCUGAUGAUGUCCAACGUGUCAACCUUCACUUCACAUGUUCACUCUGUAAAAUGGUAAAUGCUGCUGAACCUGAGAUUCCAAUAAAGCUUAAUUGUUUCUGUUAUUUGUGAAAGCUAGAGGAAACAAUGGGAACCCCAGCCUUGCACAUGGAGCCGCAGUGAGGUCAACACUGUUUUUUUGCCAGUAGAAUAAUCCUGGCAGAAGUGUUUUGCAUGUAAUUUUAUGUAAUAAAGACUCAAUUUACUCAGUGCACAACAUACUCUCAGUAUGUCAGCUAAUGUGUUUCCAGCUCUGAUGUAUUGUUUUGUGGCAAUUUAAAAAGAUAUUGUGUGUGGUUUAUAUUGGACUUAUAAGAGAUCUAAGCGUAAUCACGUCGGUCCCAGUAGUAUUUCAUUACAGUGCAUCUAUAGGAUUUCACGCCAGCCAUUAGAUAUAUCUGCUAAAAUUGUUAUGUUUUUUCUUUUUUCCCCUACAAGUGUUAUUGAUAAGGAAACCUGAGGCUCUCAGACAAAGACCAUCAGUUCAUUUUCAGAAGAAUAUCUUUUUAAAACUUAGAAUCUAGUGCAUUGAUGUAGUAUUGGCAUUAGAGAAUAUAAAGCCCCAUAUAGAACGUCCUGUCUGGAGAUUCAUUACAAUAUGAACCACGAAUGACAACUGUGAGCAUAUUUUGGUUCUUUUUAUUUAAAAUGGACUUUUGAAUCUUUAUCUGAUGCCUUUGUUUAACUCAAGAUAGACUGUUUUGCCUUAAUCUGCCUAACUCUUACUCCGUUUGUACAAAAAUUGUAAAGGUUGUAUUGACAUUGUGUCUCUCCAAUGUUUUCAUUCAAAUUUAAGAUGUGUAUUUUUUU